CAGAGUAUGAAUCCAACUCAGCGCGAGCUGUUUGAACUUGCCAAGAAUGCGAGUGGAGUGCUCCAUCUGAUUGGCAAACAGCUUAGCGAUGCGGACGCCCAGGCAAUUGCUGAGGGCCUCAAAGUGAACACGACGCUGGACACACUCUUUCUGGGUCAGAAUCAAAUUGGCGAUGCUGGAGCUCGAGCAAUCGCUGAGGCAAUUCAAGCAAACUCGACGCUGACUGGUCUCGGCCUAUACGAGAAUCAAAUUGGCCAUGCUGGAGCGCAGGCUUUUGCUGAGGCUCUCAAAGAGAACCAGACCUUGCGUCAUCUCGCACUGAAUGGCAACCAGAUUGGCGACGCUGGAGCGCAAGUGAUUGCUGAGGCGCUCAAAGUGAACACCACGCUGACUGACCUCCAUUUGAAAGAUAACUUCCUGAGCAACGCUGGAACCACUGCACUCAGGCAAACGGGCAAUAUCACUUCCGCAGCAAAGGCUGCGACUGAGAUUCAGCAAUUACGCUCCAAGCUGGCAACCAACGAGCAGGAGCUCGCUUCUAAAGACCAGGAGUUUGCAACCAGCAAGCAGCAGCUCGCUGCCCAAGAGCAAGAGCUGCAACAACUUCGCUCUGAUCUCGCUGUCAAGGACCAAAUGCUCGCUACCAACGAGCAAGAACUCGCUACCAACCUCCAGGACCUGCAACAACUUCGCUCUGAACUCGCUGCCAAGGAUCAUGAACUCAAGGCAGCUCUUGAUCGGAUUGAUGUUUUCGAGCGCAAUCAGCCCGCUGUUGGAUCCGCAUCGAAUUUUGACGGCACCAUCUUGCAAGUUCCUCUCGCAACUCUUGUCGCCGCCACGAACAAUUUUGAUGCCGAUUCUCUGCUCGGCACAGGAGCGUUUAGUCGCGUGUACGGCGCCACCUUGCCUGGCCCUCGUGUUGCCAUUAAGCGGGUGUCGGCUGAAUCCAUCCACAACUAUGUCGCAUUUCAAUCAGAAUUGGACACUCUGUCUCAAUUCCGUCACCCCAACAUUAUUGCGAUUCUGUCUUAUGCCAACAGUCACGAUGAGUAUUGCUUGGUGUACGAGUUUAUGCCCAAUGGUUCUGUUCGCGAUCGCUUGGAUUGCAAGAACAACACACCUCCACUGACCUGGGCCCAGCGUCAUCGCAUUGCGGCUGAUGUGUCCCGCGGCAUGCACUACGUGCAAACAGCCUUCCCUGACCAUGUUCUGUUCCACCUUGAUCUCAAACCGGACAAUGUUCUUUUGGACGCAUACUUUAACGCCAAAGUGUCUGAUUUUGGUCUUGUUCGCGUUGCCCAGCUCGAUGAUCAGAGCUACGUUCGUACGCAGAACGUUCAGGGCACAAAGGUGUACAUGUGUCCCGAGUAUCUUGAGUCAGGCCGAAUGACUAUCAAGACGGAUGUCUACGCCUUUGGCAUGAUUCUACUGGAAUUGGUCACUGCAGCCAAACCCGGUAUUCUGCUGAAAAGAACUGCGCGAAAGGCUGCGAACAACCAAAAAUGCAUUGAGAUGCUGGACUCGGCUCUCCACCCAACCGAAGCCGAGGGCCAGAGCGUCGGCGAGCUUGUCAACCUUGCACUCGAGUGUCUUGAAGACUUUGCAGCCGAUCGCCCAUCCUUUGGCAGUAUCCUUGUGACAUUGGAUCCUUGA